AUGCCAAACAGUAUUGAUUACGAUUUUUUAAAGACAUCUAAACACCUGUGUAUUAGUUGCACCAGUGGCAAAAGUCAUAGAUGUAACAGGACCAGCAAUUGUAAUCGAGACAUUAAUAGUAUCAGUGAGAAAAACUACAACUCUUCUAACAACUUCGAUCAAGUUAUUGAUAAAGUACAUGUGAAGAAAUAUUUCGAGAUGGAAAGGCAUUUUGGUAACAUGAAUUAUAAUAUGGAUUAUCUGAACCCCGUUUUAAAUCAUCCAACGAAAAUUGAACAUGGGAAAAUAAAAAUACUCAUUUUAGAUGCCCCAACAAAUGAUUUAUUGCCACUGUAUAUAAAAGAAAUGAAAAAUUUUAAUGUGACAGAUCUAGUACGUACAUGUGAAAGGACAUACAAUGAUGGAGAAAUAACAAGUGCAGGAAUAAAUGUACACGAAUUAAUAUUCCCAGAUGGGGAUGCCCCAACUAUUGAAAUCGUGACCAACUGGUUAACUAUUGUAAAUAAUGUAAUUAAAAAUAAUCGUGCAGUUGCUGUUCAUUGUGUAGCAGGAUUGGGUAGAGCCCCCGUUUUAGCUUCCAUUGUACUUAUUGAAUUUGGUAUGGACCCAAUUGAUGCAAUUGUCUUUAUACGAGACAGAAGAAAGGGAGCAAUUAACAAAAGACAAUUACAAUUUUUAAAAGCAUACAAGAAGAAAAAAAAAAAAAAAAACUGCCUUACAAAAUGUCAUUUUAUGUAA